CUGCGAAGGCUGGCGAAGAUAAAGAAAGACGAACUCGAGACGCUGAGGAAAGAGAAGGCCGAACACCACGAGCUGGAGCAGCAACGUCGCAAGCAAUCGUGGGCGAUAACAGCCACGACACGAUACUUUUUGAACGACACGGUUCUCAAGAGCAGAAGGCAGCCGGUGCCAUUGGCGCCUCCACGUGGUUCCCGACGACAAUAG